CCUUUGCCAUCACAUAUAUGCUGUUCUUUGAUAUUAGGGUAUGCAAUGGGAGCGCUAGAUUGUGGUUUUAGGCACAGGACUAAACCAUGUGAUGUUUGUAUUCUGAAAAUGCAGGUUGGUACUGGUUCUCGUGCAGAAAAGAUUCGGACAUACAACUUUAAGGACAAUAGAGUGACCGACCAUCGGUUAAAGACAAAUUAUGAGCUCACCUCUUUUCUUGGUGGCGAUAUAGAUAACGCAAUUCAGGCUUGUGUUUCCUUAGAACAGCAAGAACUUCUGGAAGAACUCGCUGAAUCUGUAGGAGCGCCCGCUGGCUAAUUUCUAGCUUGUUUUGCGGCAAUCUUGUUCGAAGAUUUACAGAGUCGGAUCAGAUAGUAAGGAAGCCUUUGCUGGAAAAAAAUGGUUCAAAAAAGGGGCAAUCUUUUCGUAUGUUGUAUGUCGAGACGCAAUCACAGGCACAUGAAAUUUUCGUUGAAUUUGUUGUUGACAGGUUAAAUAGCUGAGUUAUGUAAUUUUUGUACUCCAUUUUAUUUAUGUAAAGAUAAGAGAAUCGUGUAGCGAAUAGGUGGGUACAUUGUCCUUCUGAACUCGGAUGCAAGUACGUGGGAAACUGCUUUAUCGAACUCGGGUGCAAAGAGGCAUGCACACUACCUUAGCGAACUCAAAUACAAGUAGGUGGAAACAUUGUCCUAUUGAAUUCGGGUGCAAAUAAAUGGGCACACUGCUUUAUCGAA